AUGCAGGGGACACGGAACCAGAGCAGCGUGUCCGAGUUCCUCCUCCUGGGGCUCCCCAUCCGGCCAGAGCAGCAGGGCGUGUUCUUUGCCCUGUUCCUGGGCGUGUACCUGACCACGGUGCUGGGGAACCUGCUAAUCCUCCUGCUCAUCAGGCUGGACUCUCGCCUCCACACCCCCAUGUACUUCUUCCUCAGCCACUUGGCCUUCUCUGACCUCUCCUUUUCAUCGGUCACCAUCCCAAAGAUGUUGAUGAACAUGCAGACUCAAUGCCAAUCUAUCACAUAUACAGGGUGCAUUUCACAGGUGUAUUUCUUUAUAUUCUUUGGUUGCCUUGACAGCUUUCUUCUCGCAAUGAUGUCCUAUGACAGGUAUGUGGCCGUGUGCCACCCCCUCCACUACACCACCAUCAUGAGGGAUGAGCUUUGUGUCAUCCUAGUGGCUGGGUGCUGGCUCGCCUCUUGUGCCCAAGCUCUGUUGCACACCCUCCUCGUGGACCGGUUGUCCUUCUGUGCAGGGACUGUCAUCCCCCACUUCUUUUGUGAUCUUGCUGCUGUGCUCAAGUCGUCCUGCUCUGAUACCUCCCUCAAUGAGUUGCUCAUCCUCACUGAAGGGGGAUUUAUCUUCACCCUACCACUGGGUGGUAUUUUGGGCUCCUAUAUCAGCAUGGCAGCCAUCAUCCUGAAGGUCCCCUCCUUCAAGAGAAUCUUCAAAGCCUUGUCUACAUGUGGUUCUCACCUGUUUGUAGUGUUUUUAUAUUAUGGGACAAUUGCAGGUGUUUACUAUAUCCCCUCAUCAGGCAACUCCAAAGACAAGGACAUAAUUGCUUCUUUGAUGUACAUGGUGGUCACCCCCAUGCUGAACCCCUUCAUCUACAGCCUGAGGAAUAAGGAUAUGAAAUGUGCUCUUCAGAAAAUCUUCAGGACCAAGGACACGCCCUUGGUGUCAUUAAUUCAUUCCUUCUCACGGACACUCAUGGAGCUGUGA